GCCGGGAAAAUGGUCACGCGAUUCUAGGCCCGGUAUUGCGGCGGUGGGGCUCGGGAGGUGAAGGUCAACUCUCCGCAGCACGUGUAUGUGGGGUGCCUGGGUGGACUCUCUCGGGAUGAGAAGCGUAGAGUUGUCGUCAGGCCUGGUCGCCGUAAUAACCGGAGGCGCCUCAGGCCUAGGACUGGCCACAGCGGAGCGACUUGUGGGACAGGGGGCCAGUGCUGUGCUUCUGGACAUGCCCAGCUCGAAUGGGGAGGAGCAGGCCAAGAAGUUAGGGAAGAGCUGCGCCUUUGCCCCAACCGACGUGACCUCAGAGAAGGACGUGCAAGCAGCUCUGGCUUUAGCAAAAGAAAAGUUUGGCCGUGUGGAUGUGGCAGUCAAUUGUGCAGGCAUUGCGGUGGCCCUCAAGACAUACAACGUAAAGAGGAACCAGGCCCAUACCUUGGAGGACUUCCAACGAGUUAUCAAUGUGAAUCUCAUAGGAACCUUCAAUGUGAUCCGCCUUGUGGCUGGUGAGAUGGGCCAGAAUGAACCAGACCAGGAAGGCCAACGUGGGAUCAUCAUCAACACCGCCAGCGUGGCUGCCUAUGAGGGCCAGGUUGGACAAGCUGCAUACUCUGCUUCCAAGGGGGGCAUAGUGGGCAUGACACUGCCCAUUGCUCGGGAUUUGGCUCCCAUGGGCAUCCGGGUGAUAACCAUUGCUCCAGGUCUGUUUGGCACCCCACUGCUGACCAGCCUCCCAGAGAAAGUGCGCAACUUCCUGGCCAGCCAGGUGCCCUUCCCCAGCCGACUGGGCCACCCUGCUGAGUAUGCUCAUCUGGUACAGUCCAUCAUCGAGAACCCAUUCAUCAAUGGAGAGGUCAUCCGGCUGGAUGGGGCCAUCCGCAUGCAGCCUUGAAGGGAGGGGGCAGACGAAACACACUCUCUUCCACCCAUCCUUCCCCUGGCAUACUAUACUCCAGCUUGGGAGGAAGCCUGGUAGCCAUUUUGUAACUCUGCCCACUAAUCACCUUCUGUGCCUAAUAAAGUCUAUUUCUUACAGGAA